GCCUGCUGGAGGAGUCUGAGUUUUGCUGCAGCUCAGGUCGAGGCUCUAGUUCCUCAGCUGUAUACUGAUGCAGUCCACGGACUCGUGAUUAACAGCUUCUUCACUGAGAAUUAUGACUGUUUCGACCUCCUGAUAACCCCUUAAAUGGACUCAGCAGAUGUUCAAAUGUGCUUUUCUACAAAACCUCCACGCAUUCCUGUUCUCGCUGGCUCACAGCUUUAUGGAGAUGUGCAGACAGGAACGUGUACAGCUUCAGGUGGAGGGACAGCUGGCUCUGUGGGACACGUCACACCUGUGGCCCUUCAGAAAGAUAUAAAAAAGGAAGAACCUGGAGAUGGCGACUACCUCUGUGGAGGACCAUCAUGCUCUGUGGGAGACAUCACAACUGUUGACCAACAGAAACAUGUAAAAAAGGAAGAACCUGAAGAUGAAGCCUACCUCUGUGGAGGGACAUCCAGCUCUAUGAAACAUGUGGUCCAACAGAAGAAACGAUUUCAAAGGAGGAAUUUAAAAAAGGAAGAGUCUGAAGAUGAAGACUACCUCUGUACAAUGGAAAUGGAUGAUGCACAAUUACAAGUCUUCUCCUGCUCCUGGUGUUCCGUUUCCUAUCCAUCUCAAAUUUACCUCCAUGUGCACAUCAGAAAAUGCCACUUUGAGGAAUAUGAGAGACUGCUAGAAUCAGGAGAAAUAAAAUCUGAGAACUGUAUUCCCACAAGAAGCUCCAGUAUUCAGGUACUCUGUGGUUCUCUCAACAUUAACACAUCUAAUCAACAAGAGCAGAAAGUAGUCUAUCCUUGCUCACAGUGUGGGAAGAGUUUUACUGACCAGAAAAAUCUCCUGAGACAUCAGGACAUUCACACAGGAGUGAAACCACAUCACUGCAACGAGUGUGGGAAGAGUUUUACUCACCAAGGUGCUCUUCAAAUACACCGGCGCAUUCACACAGGACAGAGGCCAUAUCACUGCUCACAGUGUGGAAAAAGUUUUAUUCAUCAGUGUUCUCUUCAAACACACCAGCGUAUUCACACAGGAGAGAAGCCUUAUCACUGCUCACAGUGUGGCAAAACGUUUACUGGAAAAACUCCUCUUAGAGUACAUCAGCGCAUUCACACAGGAGAGAAGCCGUAUCUGUGCUCACAAUGUGGGAAGGGUUUUAGCAAUCUCGGUAAUCUCCAAAGACACCAGCGCAUUCACACAGGUGUAAAGCCGUAUCACUGCACGCAGUGUGGGAAGACCUUUAUUCAAGAGUAUGAUCUCCAAAACCACCAGCGCAUUCACACUGGAGAGAAGCCGUAUCACUGCUCAGAGUGCGGGAACAGUUUUACUCGACAGAGUGACCUACAGCAACAUCAACGCAUUCACACAGGAGAAAAGCCGUAUCAGUGCUCAGAGUGUGGGAAGAGUUUUUUUCGACAGAGUAAUCUCAUACGACAUCAGCGCACUCACAUAGCACAGAAACCAAUUCAGUGCUUACAGUGUGGAAGGAGAUUUACUUAUUCAGGUGCAUUUAACCUACACAAGUGUCCCAACAAGGAGCCAUCAGCUUGUGAUGCAUGAUCUUUCAAAAAAAUUUACUGUUUUUGUAAUAGCUACUGUGAUUUGUUUAAGGAUUAUGCAUGCAUGUAUUUUUGUACUUGGUAAAUUCCAUAUUUGUAUAGUUAAAGAUCUGUGUGUGUUGAAUGUGAACUCUAUCUAACUGGAGAGGUGUGUUUGAUUGCAUCCCUGAAAAGGUUUUGAUGGAACCUUGUCACAUUUCUUCAGAAGGUUUAAUUAAAUUCAGAAUAACACUGUUUAAUUCAGCGUAAUAUUGUUCAAAAUACACCUAUAGUGUACACAAUAAAAUGCUGAACAAUAAACUAUAAGCCACAAAA